CUCGCCCAUGUCGCCGCAUUAGGUUGUCGUGAAUUUACAUGGAGUCAGUUUGAUUUGCGAUUUCUCGGGUCGGUAGCCGAAAUUCGUGGAAAUUUUUGCGAGUUUAUGCGAUGGCUAAUCUAUCAUAAUAGGUAUCGAUUACGAAAAAUAAGAAAUACAACGAGAGAGCGCAAAAAGCAAAAAAUAAAAUAAUGCAAAAUCAAAUGUCCUAGCAUCGUAUCGAAUUCUUGUAAUUUCCAAUUUGCUUUCCUUUUAUCGUCGUUGUGUCGUCAUCGUCGUGUGUUUGGAUCAAUGGAACCAAAAAUUUCCCUGUAAACUAUAGGUUGAAGCCGCAGCGUUGAGUGGCCCCUUUGGGGGUAUAUUGCGUGGUCCAUCAUGGGAAAACUACUGUCAAAGAUUUUCGGAAAUAAGGAGAUGCGUAUUUUAAUGUUGGGUUUGGAUGCUGCUGGUAAAACAACUAUUUUGUACAAACUAAAAAUAGGUCAAUCAGUAACAACAAUUCCAACAGUUGGAUUUAAUGUAGAAACAGUUACAUAUAAGAAUGUUAAAUUUAAUGUUUGGGACGUGGGAGGACAGGAUAAAAUCCGACCAUUAUGGCGGCAUUAUUACACAGGGACGCAAGGCUUAAUCUUUGUCGUUGACUGUGCAGAUAGAGAUAGAAUAGAUGAAGCGCGAACAGAAUUACAUAGGAUAAUCAAUGAUAGAGAAAUGCGAGAUGCAAUUAUUUUAAUAUUCGCUAAUAAGCAAGACCUUCCAGAUGCAAUGAAGCCACACGAAAUCCAAGAAAAAUUAGGUUUAACAAGAAUACGUGAUCGUAAUUGGUACGUUCAACCGUCCUGUGCAACAUCCGGGGAUGGACUCUACGAAGGCUUAACGUGGUUAACGUCGAAUCAUAAAUUAUGAGAGUAAUCAUUCGACAAAAUGUUGCCAAAAAUCACUAAAAAAUCAACAAAGAAACUUAUUAAGAAAUUUCGUAGAGUUAAACGGUUGUAAAUGUACUACUAAUAAUAUAUUAUUUAAAAAUAUUCAAUAUUUAGUGUACAUGUAGAGCAUGAUAAAAUGGAAUUCACUCACACAGACACAUUCAACAACGCAGAAACCAACACAAAAGGAAAUUUCGUUGAUCUCCGAUGAUAGACGGCAGAAAGUGAAAAGAAGUUGAUCACACGAAACAACAGCGACUAUAUAAGAAAAUCAAAGUACCAUAAAUUUAUCUAGCCCAAACUACAAGAAACAAUCGAAGCCACUUAAAAUUCGAAUACAUUAUGACUAUAACUAUAUCAAAUCAAGCUAUUGAUGAAUCGAAUUAUACAACACCGUUGAAUGCAUCAGCUUCAAACUCGGCAACAACAUUCACUUCUGACUUGUAAAGAGACAAAUGUAAAACAAUUCUUUGUCAUCCCUUCCCAUCUCUUAAGGUAUAAGAAAGAACAACAAUAAAACACUUGACUGUAUGUAUGCCUUUUUUAUUAAUAAUAAAAAUGAAAUUAAAUGAAAAAAAUCGAUGAAGUAAUUUUAGUGAAUUUAUUGUUAUGAGAAAUAUAAGUAAUCUGAGAACAAUUAACUGAAAGUAAAAAUAUUGCAGAAAUAGUAAGCAUAAAGCGAAAUGUGGUGAUCUUGUGAGGUAUGAAUAUUUUCUAAAUCAACAAUAAAAUUAACGAUAAACACAAAAUGCAUAUGAACAUAAUGAUAACUACAUCAUAUACAAGCAAAAUAGCAUCAAAUUAAACGAUUCAAGUUUUCAAGGCGUUUAUAAAAACGACCCCAAGUAUUUAUAUUUGUGUAAUUAUUACAUUCUUCAUUUUCUUCCUCUUGUAACAAAGUUCUUGUUUUAAAUAGUCUUUUUUAUUAUAAUUUUUAAAGAGCAGAUUCGAUUAUAAAAGAAUGAUGAACACAAUGAAGAAAAUAAAAACGAUACAUUUCAAACGAA